UCAACAUGACAGCAGGCACAAUCGUGGCCCGUGAUCGACCCUGACUUCAUAAACGUGGCGACAUGUCAUUUUUCAAGUGAAUCAUUCUCUUUCCUGAUUAAGAAUUAAUAUUGCCAUUGUGAAACAAAGUAUAUAUGCCUUGCUAACAGGUGCACCACUACAGUUCAAAGGUUACAUCCCCAAUGGCUACCUUCCGAUGCAAUAAGUGGUUCAUAUGCAGCUUUAUUGCUGCCGUCCUGGGCUUUUUGAAGCGGAUCUUGUUCGGCAGGUUCCAUCGCCGGAACAGAAGCGACACUAACUUGCCAACUCUUGCCAGUAACAUCAGCACGCCAGCAGCUGCAGACAACUCAUUGAGUGAAAGAAACGAAGAUAUUGCAGACUGGGAUGAUUGGGACUAUGCGGGGGCACCUACAGAUAUCAUUAUUGAACCAAACAACCCCAGCAUAGGCCCAACGGCAGCUGAGGGUGGGGCACUGGCCCCAGUUGGAGGGGGUGUGUCCCCACAUGAUGAUGACAUACCUGAGAUGGACUACUUUAGUGACAUGGCGCCAACGUUGAAAAAAACUGUUUUGAUUAGGAAAAAGGAUCGCAGUCGAGCGGGGUUGCCCAAUAGCGGUGUAUCUAAUCGGCUUUCUAUGAAUGUUGAUAUUACACCUGUUGCCUCGUCAGAAUUAUCGGCGUGGGACGAUGAAAUGGAUGGCACGUGGGAAGAUGAAGCCAGCGCAUUGGACCUGUCCAGGGACGCCGACCGCGUCAUCAAGGAGAAGAAGCAGGCUGAACGUGAUCGGCGAGCGGCCGAGCAGCACCGGAAAAAAAUGGAGCGGGAAGCGCAGCGGGCCUUUAAGAAAGACGGUGGGAAACUGGCGGUCAAGCUAAAGUGAUGUCAGUAUGGUGCGUAGAUUUGUAUAUAAUGUGUACAUUGUAUACACACUAAGCAAUUAAUGGCAGAACUUGGGGUGCCAAAAUACAAAGGGAAUCUUGAAGAAUUGAGUUUUACAGAGAAAUAGAUGUCAUGUUCAUGUGAUGAUUGUAAGAUGAGCAGGAAAUUGGACUGCAAUAGGGUUCGAAACCACCACCUCUGGAUUCAAACAGGAGUCAUCCAACCCUGUCAUUUUGGUGCCUCAUGAUGUAUAUACAGUGUUAUUGCUACGUUGGUCGAGGAUCUCCACCACAGCGUUCUACCGUCUGGCACUAAGCUUGAUGAAACAACCCACCGACAGGCACAAAAAUCCUUUACAAAUCCCUGAAAAAACAUUAGUCACUCUGAACAUUUCAUGUUUUUACCUGGAAGAAUUGAAAAAGUUUAACUGUUAAUCAAUUUGGAAAGAAAACUCACUGAAAAGCAAUGUAGAGUCCCCUUACGCGAGCCCCUGCACCCCUGGCUAUGACCCGUAAGACUCCGGUCGCUUUGCAAUCUCCAUUCCCCAUUACUAAAGCGUCCUGCACUAAAACAUGGCUGGCUAUAACACUGAUAGUGUAUUAUGAUUUUAGGGUGUGAUCCUUGGCACCGUUUGGCAAGUCCGAGACACUUUCUUGAACACUGGCCAGUUUCCCUUGUAACCUCUUCAAAAAAAUGUAGAUGGGGUACCGGGCCAAAUCGACCAAGGGUCGACGUAUGGUAGUUGCUGAUUGAACAUGCCCAGUUGGUCCUGCCACAUCUGACUAGUGCCCUUGAAGAAAGCAAACGGGAGGUACAAAAGAACACAGGGCUGGAGAAAUCAGU